UGGACGUGUCGUAGUUUCCGGCUGUUCCGGCUCUUCCGGCAUCACACUUUCAAACAUGGAGUCUAUUUUCCACGAAAAACAAGAGGGCUCUCUGUGUGCGCAGCACUGCUUGAACAACCUGCUGCAGGGAGAGUACUUCAGUCCGGUGGAGCUGUCGGCCAUCGCGCAGCAGCUGGACGAGGAGGAGCGCGUGCGCAUGGCUGAAGGAGGCGUUCAGACGGAGGAGUACAGGACCUUUCUGCAGCAACCGUCGGGAAACAUGGAUGACAGCGGCUUCUUCUCCAUUCAGGUGAGGCACGGGGAAGCGGUUUAGUGCAGUGAUGUGGACAUGGGAGAACACUGCAGCUGCACUGCUUCUCAAUU